AUGGAUGUCGUCUCGUCACCUGCAGUCCAACUCGUUGCAACCAAUACCAGUGAUCGGCCGCAGCAAGAUGUGGGGUCGGUAAAAUAUCCUCGCGAAGGAAGCCCAGAGCAAAAGCUUCCACUCCAGCAAAACGACCUCGAGUCACAGACCGCUCCAGGCUUCGAACGUCGCUCUGGAAUCCCUGUCGUCGUCGACGUCGACGAUAGUGGAAUCAGUUCGCCACAAGAUGAGUUCCCCGAAGGUGGUCUACAAGCAUGGCUCGUACUGUUCGGAGCAUUUCUCGGACUGUACGCCUCGUUCGGGUUCAUGGUCUCGAUUGGCACCAUUCAAGAAUACCUUCAAACCAAUCAGCUCUCUCACUACACAGCUCGCGAUGUUGGCUGGAUACCUUCCGUGUUUGUGUACCUCUCUCUUGGCCUUGGAAUUUGGGUUGGGCCACUCUUUGAUCGCUACGGGCCGCGUUGGAUCGCGUUGAGCGGAAGUAUCUGCUACAUCAUGAUGAUUUUCCUCUUGGCGGAAUGCAAAUUGUAUUGGCAUUUUCUUCUCUGCUUGGGCUUUUUAGGAGGACUAGGAGGCGCCUCACUGUGCACGACAGGAUUGGCUGUGGUAAGCCAUUGGUUCAAGAGAAGACGUGGUAUGGCUCACGGCAUCGCAAUGGUUGGCUCCAGUCUAGGUGGCACCACCAUCCCUCUGAUCCUGAGAAGCGCAUUACCAAAAUAUGGUUAUGCGUGGUCCAUCCGUAUCCUCGGCUUCGUCUUUCUCGCGUGCCUGAUCAUCGCCAAUCUUCUCAUGAAGCCGCGACUGCCUCCAUCACCCGAAGCACGAAAUAGAAGGCUCUUAUCACUCGGCUUGUUCGGCGAUCUGAAAUUCACCUUUCUUACUAUCAGCGUGUUCGGCUUCGAGAUUGUCCUUUUCGGCGCAUUAGGAAUCCUCCCAACGUAUGCAAACUUCGGAUCGAACUAUCCACCAGACACAGGGUUCUACAUCAUCUCCGUGAUGAACGGCGUAUCCUGCUUCGGACGAAUCAUCCCAGGCUACAUCUCGGACAAGAUCGGCCGCUUCAACACACUGCUGAUAAUGAUCAUCUUCACGCUGAUCGUCAUGCUCGUCCUCUGGCUUCCAUUCGGCCACACCAGCCUUGCUGCUCUGUACGCGUUCACCGCCUUGUUUGGGUUCGGGACUGGUUCUUGGAUGGCUCUGACACCUGCUUGUAUUGGUCAGCUGUGCGAGGCCGACCAGUUCGGUCGGUACUAUGGCACUCUUUACUUUGUGGCUUCCUUGGCUACACUCAUUGGUGUUCCCAUCAGCGGAGAACUCGUCGAGGCUAUCUCCCCGCAGGUGCUGGUUGCCUUCAUGUGCGCCAUCCUGGGACUUUCUCUCCUCACCUUCAUCCUCAGUCGGUGGGCUUGUCUUGGUUGGAAGUGGGAUUGGAGAACGAAGGUUUAA